AGCGGCUGUGGGGGCGGCGGCGGCGGCAGCGGCCUCCACGGAGACGCCAAGUCGCCCCCUGCGCCCCACAACAAGGCGCUCGCCGGCGUCAAAGGCGACCAGCAUCCCUCGAUGGCCUUCCUGCAGAACCGGUCUAUCUCGCUGGUGGACAUGUACAUUGACAACUCGGAGCCGUCGGAGAACGUCGGCCAGAUACACUUCAGCCUGGAGUACGACUUCCAGAACACCACGCUCAUUCUCAGGAUCCUAACGGCGAAGGACUUGCCCGCCAAAGACAUCACGGGUACUUCGGACCCUUACGUCCGCGUCACGCUGCUACCUGACAAGAAACACCGGCUGGAGACAAAGAUCAAGAGGCGCACCCUCAACCCGCGCUGGAACGAGACUUUCUACUUCGAAGGGUUUCCCAUUCAGAAGCUGCAGAGCAGAGUACUGCACCUCCACGUCUUUGAUUACGAUCGCUUCUCUCGAGAUGAUUCCAUCGGCGAAGUUUUUCUUCCUCUCUGCCAGGUGGACUUGUCAGAGAAGCCAUCGUUCUGGAAGGCGUUGAAGCCGCCAGCCAAGGACAAGUGUGGGGAGCUACUGACGUCCCUGUGCUACCACCCCAGUAACAGCAUCCUCACCCUCACUCUACUCAAGGCUCGCAACCUCAAAGCCAAGGAUAUCAACGGAAAGUCAGAUCCCUACGUGAAAGUAUGGUUGCAAUUUGGAGACAAACGGAUUGAGAAACGUAAGACGCCCAUCUUCAAAUGCACUUUGAACCCCAUCUUCAAUGAGACUUUCAGCUUCAACGUGCCGUGGGAAAAAAUAAGGGAAUGUUCUCUGGACGUAAUGGUGAUGGACUUCGACAACAUAGGAAGAAAUGAACUGAUAGGUCGCAUUCUCUUGGCUGGUAAAAAUGGCUCUGGAGCAACCGAGACUAAGCACUGGCAAGACAUGAUUACAAAACCCCGACAGACAAUUGUACAGUGGCAUCGACUGAAACCAGAAUAAGGGCAGCAGUUCAGUAUUUCACUACCGUAUUUACUAUUUUUUUGUGUCAUGUCCUUCCUGACUUGAUGAAGAGUAAUUGUUUGCUUCCUGCGUAAUUUACAUACAUGUAUUCGUUGAUAAUCGCCCAAGAAAUUUACUUUUAGAAAAUUUAAUCCAUACUGCCACAGUUACAUUGUUUUAAUUUGUUUCAGUAUGAACUCUGAUCUCUUUGGAAACUUCAUGGUCGGUCCAUUCACAGUAGUAAACAUUCCCAUACCAUUGUUCCCGCUGUUGCUAGUACAUAUAUAUGUUUGAUUUUGGAUUUGUUUAUCACAACAGCAAAUAUAUUGUGCAGUAAAUACGGUAGAGAACUGGAAAAUAAAGUAAGAAUUAUAAAAAUGUGUACAUAUAAAAUGAUGAUGUAGUCUCUCUAUACUCAUCUGUGUCUAAGACUAGUUGCAUGUUUAUAUAUCUGUUGAUCAUCUGUUAUUCAGCUGUCCAAAACGUAAUUCCUUUGCUACACCUUGCAGUGUUAAUAGUUAUACCACUAAUAUCAUGAACUGAUAUCAUGUUAAUUUUAUUCUUAGGCCACAUAAUUAUUUUGGCUUCUCUGGAGUACUAUAAAACCUUUUAUGCUUGACAAUGGAGCAUAUUUUAUCCCACUGUACCAUAUACUUCUGUGCUCGAUAUGUACAUACAUGAUCUCUCUCUGACAUUGUAUUCUUAUCAUCAGCUAUGAGUGUAAUGCUGUUUACAAGUAACUGGAAAAUUUUAUAGUCUAUCUGAUGUAUCAUAACCAGAUUAGCACAUAAGUAGCGUAAUGGUAGUGUGAAAUAAUUUUUCGGGAAUACUAUUUAUUUAUGUAUUUUAAAUAUCUAUUGAAGAAGGUAUAUGUGCCCCUCAAAUUGUGACCCGCUCCUUAAAAUUCUCCUUUUUUGGAAAAAAUCAUGUAUUCUCAAGAGAGUCUCCCUUUUAACAUAAAUUCUCAAAUAUAGCAUAAAAGUGGUCAUUACACCAGCAAAAAUUACAUAGCAGGAAGAGUAAAGCUGAAAGAGAAUAUUGAGGAUAAUAUUAACAGAGAGACAAUUUUUGUUAAAACUGAAUACAAUCUGAUUUGAGUUGCGUAGUUAUGUUUACUACAAAUUAUUAAAAGUGAUGUAACACAAAAAUUGUUACAUAUUUCUUGUUGUGUAAAUUUUUAUCUGAUUGUUAGAGAAUUUUUAUAAUAAAUGUCUGUCAACAAAAGUGCUACACAUAAUUAUACAUAUUUAAAAUUAAUUUCAAUGUAAGACUUCUUAAUAGUUAAAAUGUACAUAUUGUUUUCUUUUUAACUUGCAUGUCAGUGUAAGAAAACUUCAUUGUCAUAACGUUCUAUUGAGCAAAUUCAAAUAAUCAAUCCUGUUAUCAUAAACCUUUGAUUCAUUUCAGUAAUCCAGUAGACGAUAUGUCAAACGAAAAUACUUCUUUAUUUUCGUCACAUAACUUAAAAUGCGAUACCUGGCAAGAAAGUUAGUAAUCCUGGAAUUGUUAAUUACAGUGAUUGGAAUUUUAGGAAUUCUACAUUCUGUUUGAGAUAUCUUUGAAAACAAAUAUUACUUUGCACAGCAUUUUUGCUUUCUCCAAUUAUUUGCUUUUAAAGCUAAAAAUUUUAUUCACUGCAACAUAUUUAUCUAUAAUCUUGUAUGAGUAACACAUUGAUUCUGAAAGAGAAGAAGGUAACUUAUGUGGUGUAUGAAAAUGAAAGUCAUAUAUGACAUUUUCUAAAAUAUCUCAUUUACAUACACAGGGAAUAAUUUGUUCAGCUUUGACUAUUUAACAUUCUGGCUUGUUAUGAAUCGUUCUAUAGCUUCACAGCUGAUACUGAUAAAUAAUUAUUUCUUAAUUUUCUAAGAGAUGGCUAUGUAAUUUCUAAUAUUUUCAUUUCUCUGAAAAGAGCAAAAGUUGCUGUUUGUGAAAUCUUUAGACUGUACUUUUAUUUGUUUACUGUUGCCUAUGAGAGCCAGUGAACGGAAUAUAUUAAAGACUGUAAGAGGUAUCAAUCAAAUGUGAAAAUUUUCCACAUAAAUCAGUAAUAUGUGAACUUUGGUUUUAUUAUGUUACUUAUCGCCUGCACUGAAAAAAUCUAAGAUUUUAUUUCAUAAUUAGCUUGGAAUUGUUGGAAUGACAACUACCACAGACUUUAUCUCAAAAUACUGUACUACAAUCGAACAAAUUUCUGUGAUAAUCAGAACUUGAUUAAUGCAUAUAGAUGUAUAAAAGUCGCAUUUUUAUCAGAUGUAAUGAACCAAUUACGAAUUUUGUUAGCCACGAAAGGAUCUGUUUUAUAGAUAUGAUUAUAGUAACAACAGUAUGCUAUUACUGUCCUAUAUUUAAAAAAUGAAUAAAAUAACCUAAGUAUAGAACAUGUGUUUUACAUGAGUAUAGAUUAUAAGACAACAACUUAAUCUUAUUUCAAACAAAUUUUAGAGGGGCCAAUAACUUACAUUAUUCUGCAUAAAGCUGGACUGUGAUUUUGGAAUAAACGUUUCUUCCUUAUUUGGUACAUCUUUCAGUAUACUGCAGAAACUUCAAAGGACUUGCCCACUGAUAUUAUUGAAUGUGCCUGUUACUCUCUAUCCUGACAAUAUUACAUUUUUUAAGUUUAUGGUUUGCUGUAGCUCUGUCUUAAAAUUCAGGUGACAUAAGCUCAGUCUCAAAAUUCAUACAUAUUGCAACUUUAAUAUGUUUUAUAAACAUCAAGGUGAUCAGUUACUAUAGUGCUUGAGUUGAACGCUUCUUAUUAACUGUGUUUUAGUUAAUAAAAGCUAAUAGACUUACCUGUACAGAACAAUGAAAGAAAUAUUGUAGGUACUAAUGUGUUCACAAGCAAAGCAUGUUAACUCUAUCUUAAUUCAGUGCAAUGUUAUUUCAUAGCAUUAUAAUUUUUAUCAAUACUUAUUUACUAAAAGCUACCUUUUCAUUUGUGAUAUGGAAACAAUGUAGCAUGUAUUCCAAGUCAUGCUUAUCCACUCUUCUAUUUUAUCUACAGAAAACACAAUCUUAGCAAUAACUCUCUUACAGUUUUUCCUUAUUCCCAUGUGAGACUUUUCAGGUCAAAAACAAGAAUAUAGCUUUGAACAAUGUAGGAGGUGGUUUAGGGCCAUAACUUUAGAAAUAUUCACAGACGCUGGGAGUAGUGUAUGCCCACAGUAACCAUGCAGUAUAUGUUGCAUUAUCAAUGAGGCCUGGCAAUAUAAACAGACUAAAAUUGAUAUUAAUGAUAUUAUCAUAAAGAACAAAACGAAAUUAUUCUCACCUACAGCACCAAGGUAAAUACUUUCAAUCAUCCAGUAAGAAGAGAGAAUGGCAUAAAAAAGAAGUAGAUAAUAUUAGUAUAUAACAGGCUUUACAAUUAGUACAUUAUGAUGGCCCAUAUUAAUAUCAUACAAUAAAUAAUCAUGGCUAUUUCUGUAAUACACAAGGCUGGAAGACUGCCACAAAAGUUAUAAUAAUCUGUUUCACAAGUUUCAGCGGAUUUUAUCAGUGAUUCAUUGAAUUUAACUUCCAAUAGAUACACAAACAAUGCCAAACGACACAAGAAAGUUACAUCAAAGUGUAACAUAUCUCAGAAAUUAAUGCCCCACAAGAACUUUUCCCCCAAAACUGCAUUUCUCAUCAUAGAUUAUUUUCUUUCUAAAAUCCUGAUUUCAGUUUGCAUAUUGCAGAGUAAUUGCAUUUGUGAUCUAAUUCAGAUUGUGUCAGUCUGAACACAGCAAUAUUAUUAAUGCUUCUUGUAAGUAAAUUUUUAAUUUCAUUAUGAGACAGCUAAACUCAGUUUCAUUCUCUCUCUACAUUAUACCUUACAUAUUUAUGCAGCUUUUUCUCUUAAAUGUCCUCACUGUAUGUUUCUAAGACACUAUAUUUUAUAUGUUAGCAGUGUGAGAACAUAUAUCAUUUAAUUUUUAUGUUAUUUUCUUUAAAUUCUGAUUCAGUAUGACAAACUCACUGAACUGACCUGAAAAAAACUUUUAAAAAUGACAAUAAUCCUUCCUGUUCCUCUGGCUUCAGAAUUUGGAAAAUUCAUUUGUUAAAUUUAUGAGCUCCACACGUCGCAUUUAGUGGAACAUAUAAAUAACUUAUUUUAUUUCGGUAUGUGUCUGCUAUAGAGUAAGCUCAAAAUUUCAACACUAGAAAAGAUUUGCAGAAUAGGUCUUAUUUCAUGUACAGCCAUAUAAUUAUCAUUGUUGAUCAUUUGAUAUUAUAUAAUUUGCUUAGAAUUACAGCACAUGAAUCCAAACACAAAAAUACCUUCAUUGUUAUAGAAACCAAUAUACAUAAUCAUUGUUCUGAGGUUUGUAAUGAAGACAAGUUUUCCAUGUUCUGACUGCUAAAACUUCAGAGGUAUACACUACAUCUGAGUUUUUACUAUACAGCUUCAUAUUAACAAUAACAAGUAAACUUUUAGUCGUUAUUAGAAAGAGAACAUAGUUCUGAAUUACACAAGAAUGUCAAAGAAUACAUGAGCCAUUCGACUACAAGACACAGGAAGAGUCUGUGAAUAACCUAGUAACUAAAUGAUGAUUUUUGGUUUAUGGAAGCAACUGAUAUGGAUUGAGCAGUUUGUAGAUUGAAAUGAAAAUCUAUGAAAUUGUAGUGCCUAUUGUUGAAUGUUACAGAUUAAAUGUUGUGCCAUAGUACCAUGAAGAGAAGACUAUGUACUCGUAAAAUAGAAUAGUCAGCAUAAAAGUUAAUUGGGUCAUUCUGUAAGAGUGUGUGAUUUAGAUAAUGGGUGUUAGUAGUGAUUUGUUAGUAUGUAAAAAGUGUAAAUGUGGAAUAACUAGCUUUUGAAACUGCUAAAAUGUGUAAAUGUUAUUCAAACCAUACCCAAAUACUAAAUGUGGGCAUAAUUGAUGUAAUUACUGUGCUAUCAGUAACAGCUUAAAUUCUAAUUUUCCACAUAGCUAUUGAUUAUUAGUGGAGUUGUCCAAAACUGUGGAAAUAAAUAGAACAAACAGGAAACUUACAGGACAUGUAUGUGUAUACAGUAGCUAGUAGCCACAGAGAGAAUGGUUCUUAUCUCAUGAUUGUGAAGAUCGACAUUUUUAAAUAUUUGUAGUUAUUUCCUCUUGUGAGACAAUUCUGUAACGAGAAAAAUAUUUCUGUUCACUUAUGUAAAGAUUGCCCUUCUUCAUACAGCUAAAACACACUAAUUUGUUUUGAAACCUAAACAGGCAUAUUUCAAGAAGAUGUCUACUGUAUUUCUCUGGUGACUUAACAGGAAUUUGCAUUUGUGCUAGAAUGCCAUCCUUUAAUGAUAUUCAUGAUUUUUCUGUGCUGCUUUUAUAUAUGUGAAUAUUCUACUCUCUAACAUUUUAUCUUAAUCUGAUGCACUGUUGCUAUUUGUAUUGAUCUGACGUUUCCUAUGAGCUGUUAAUAGUUUUUCCUUAACUGUUGAUUUCACUGUAAAUAAAGAGAACAAACUGGGGAUACACAAAUAAUCUACAGUAGGCAUGUGUUCAGUCAUCUCAAAUAACUUAUGUAACUAACUUGGUUCAUUUUUUUGUAAGUAAUCCACAUUCAAUAUGUGCAUACUUUAACUAAACACAAAACUUACCAUAAGGAAAGUAGCAUAUGUUGAAUAACUUAAUUUUAUACAUACCAAUUACAGUUAAUGAUUUUUUACUAUCUUUUACAUAUUUGCUCAAACUGUGUAAAGCUAGUAAGCUGUUCAUCUAAUUUUUGUAGAAGUGUACUUCCCAGAGCAGAAUAUUUCAAAUAUCUUUAACUUAGUGUCCAUGAAAUGCAAAAAUAAGAAUCUCAACUACUUACACAAUAAAUAAACUUCUGAAUAGAAAAAAAAUAAUUUGGAUAAUGCAACAAUAAAGACCAAAACACAGAGAAAAUUAAACAUUGAGAAUAAGUGAUAAAAUAUAGAAAGCUUCAAAAGCAUUUUUCAUAACAUAAAUUCGCACUUAUGGGCAAAAUGAAAGUGCAUCAUUUAGUGAAAGUCAACAGGCUCCCACUAAAGUAAUUUCAGUCCAGUAAUGAAUAUUUCGUAAUUCUUGUUUGCAAACAUCUGCCAGAUCAACAUCAAUAAUGACAUUUUAUCUAUUUCUAAAUGAAAUCUCAAGCUUCUAAAAGUUUGUCUUCAUGCUUUGCAUGGACAUUAAAGUAUGAAAAGAUAAAAUAUAUGCACUAAACGAAAAAUUUUUUUAAAUAGAACAUAGCUCAGGUUUUCUUACAGAAUGACCCACAAUGUUACAUGUCUCACAUUUUCCCCAAAACUGUACCCAUUAAAAUGAUUUAGGUUGUAAAGUACUAACAAAGACCUUGUAAGUAUACUUCUAUUUAUAAAACAUACUGUAUGUGGUUGAUUCAUUGACGCUGAUUUAAAAAAUUCUAAACGUAAAUAAUAUGACUAUAUACGCACAGAUCUCCUCCCUGUGAAUAGAUUGAAGAGCAUCUAUAGAACUCAUAGUAGUAGUUCUAAAAAUGUGUCACGUUGAUGAGGCAACCACAGUUCAGUGAAUAAUCCCAUACAGAACUGCAGUGAAAAUUGAUGUUGUAGGUACCAAUGAAAUUGAAACCAAACUGUCCUCUGUAUAAUGAGAUAAUUCAUGUUCAUGUACUGUACAUACAACCAAGUUUGUGUAGUUUUCAUAUGUGAUGUUGUUCUGUAUAGAGGGUAAGAGGUUAUGCCCACAGUGUACAAAAUCACCUGGAUGUAUAUUUAUACUUAUGAGCAUACAAUAUAAAAUAUAUUUUAAAUGUGUAACAGUAAUUUUAGUAACUCUUGUGAGUGUAGUAAGACAAAAAGAAGUUACCUGUUUUCAUAGUGUGGAGAAAGUAUUUUUUGGAAGCUGGCAUUAUAAUUGUGAAAUGUAUAUUCAUAAAUGUUUAAUAUGCCUCAUAAGUUUAGAUUUUUUUAUGCUUUAUGUAGACAGCUCAGGCAUAUCAGUUUCUCAUUGCCUUGGUAAGCUGAUUGGAAAAUAAACCAGUUUUAGUGUCUGCCUUGUUCUCUUUCUUUGAUUAAAUAGUACUGAUUUAGUUUCUUAGCAGAAUGAUGUGAAAUAAAAGCAAUCCUUAUUGACAAGAUGACAAUAUGUUAUAUAUCUGUUGUCACACAAAAUAUAUUUAUUGCAUAUUCGACAGGGAAUAUUUCUCACCAGAGAGAAAAUAUGGUUUAGGUCAGUGCUUUCACACUGCCUCAGUGGUUGUGGUUUUGUAUCAUAAUCAUUAUUCCAAAGCUCUGAAAAAUAUGAAAUUCUUUGGAUAUCUCUUGAUCACAUAAAAAUAUUACAUGGGAAGGAAAGCUAA